AAAGUUCAACCUGAUUCAAUGGCAUCAUAAUAUUUAUCAAUCGCAGUAAUGUCGGGACAGAAUUUCGAUUUUAUUAACCCAAUAAUACAAAUUAAUUCGGGUAAAAUAAGAGGCAAAUUAAACGAAGAUGUACGUGGUGGCAAAUUUUACAGUUUUCUAGGAAUCCCUUACGCCAAACCACCAAUAGGCGAUCUAAGAUUUAAAGCUCCAAUACCUGUUGAUCCAUGGUUGGGUAUUUUUGAAGCCUUAGAACCAGGCAACGUGUCAAUACAACCGAAUUAUUUAACGAAACAAAUAGAUGGUUCAGAGGAUUGCUUGAACCUCAACGUCCAUACUCCAUGUUUGCCCAAUUUGCACGCUCCAAAAACCUCAUUGAAACCUGUAAUGGUUUUUGUACAUGGUGGCAGUUUUUUAACGGGGUCCAAUCACAAAGAUUUGCAUGGCCCCGAAAUACUCAUCAGCGAAAACGUUGUUAUAGUUGAAAUUAAUUAUCGUUUGGGGAUUUUAGGAUUUUUAAAUUUAGAAGACCCAAAACUAGAAGUACCUGGCAACGCUUCAUUCAAAGACAUGGUCCUAUCGUUGAAAUGGAUCCAGAAAAAUAUUAAAAACUUCAACGGAGAUCCAGAAAACGUUACGAUUUUUGGCAACAGCGCUGGAGCUGCCUCUGUCCAUUUUCUGGUUCUUUCUCCGAUGGCCAAAGGCCUUUUUCAUAAGGCCCUUUGCCAGAGCGGUUCCGCUCUGAGCAGUUGGGCUUACGCUUUCCAAAGCAACCAACCAAUGGCAAAAGCUUUGGGAUUGGGUGAAGUGAGCGAUGAGGAACUUUAUCGGUACCUCAAAGAGGCUUCCGUUGAAGAAAUAUUUAAAGCUCAAACAAUGAUAGAUGAGGAGACAGUGAAAUGCAACAGGGCUCGUCUCGUAGGCGCCGUAGUUGAGCCUCAAACUUAUAAAGGCGAAAAAUUCUUUAAAGAGCAUCCAGUAAAGUUGCUUUUAUCAGGCAGAUACACUAGUGUACCUUUAUUAAUGGGCUAUAAUUCAGGAGAUGGUAUGAUAGUUGAUGGUAUGGUGGCUCCGGAAAUGAAUUACAUUUAUUGGACAGAUAAAGAGCACAAUGUACCAGGAUUAUUGAAUCUACCAAAAGGCAGUUUGCUAUCUAAACAAUUAGGCGAAGAAAUUGUUAAGUUUUAUUUUGGCAAAGGCCCUUACUCAAGAGAGACGCACCUUAAACAAUUUUACGAUAUAACUACAGAUAAUAGUUUUCUUCGAGGCAUUUUUAGUUCAAUAAAGCACCAUCGCAGAACCUCAAACGCCCCGAUUUAUAUGUACAGACUUUCGCUUGAAUCCGAUUUGUGCUUCUACAAAAACAUUAUCCAAAUUGAACUUCCAGGCGUUUGCCAUGUAGACGAAAUGGGGUACCUUUUUACUACUUUAUUUACAGAAACUCCUUCAAAAGGUACAAUUGAAGACAUUACUCAAAGAAAAAUGUGCCGCAUGUGGGCCAAUUUUGCCCGCUAUGGUAACCCAACUCCGUUCAAAGAUGCUUUGUUGGGUAUUAUUUGGGAACCUGUUGUGAAUCCUAAUAAGGUGGCUUUUUUGGAUAUUGGGGAUUGUUUGAAGAUUGAAUACAAUCCGGAAGAGGAAAGGAUGACGUUUUGGGAUAGGAUUUAUUCCAGUGGCAAACUAGAAUCAAAAUUGUAAUGUUGGAAGUAUUAAUAUAUUUGCAAAUAUGUUUACAUUAUUAUAAUAAUUAAUAUUAUUUCUAGGGCUCUAAAGCUUGUAACUAAAAACAACUGUACACAAAAUUAUAACAAAAACAUAACUCUUAUCAAGAAAAAGUUUUUCACCCAUUUUUGGUCUCUUAAGAACUAGAAGUUCAAAAGAGACAAAAAGCUUAUUUAAUCUCUACGUCUUAUAACAAUCAUUAUUAUUAAAUAAAGCCUUUUAUACUUCAUACUCUUAUAUUUUAUUUAUAGGAAAAAGAGAAUUUGUCUCGAAGAUAAAUUCCCUUUUCACCCACUACUCUAUUAUUUGUGUGAAUUAAAAAUCUAUUGCGUUUUGUGUGUACAAUAACUCUAAGUUUUGUCCUGAGGAAAUUUGUAUUUAUUUUAUAGAUUUUUCUUUACAAAUAAUCGAGUGUUUUUUUUUUUUAAUAUAACUCUUGACAUUGAAUUUGUACCAUUUCGAGAACAGCGCUAUUGUGUUUUCAAUCAAAAAAUAGGUUCUUAUUCCUUUUUCGAUAAUAACGGCCCGUAAUCUAAGUUAUAAAUAACGACAACAAUAUUUUUGCCAUCCAAACCUUAUUUACAUUAUUUUUAUUACACAAUUUUUAACAGAGCUUUUUCAUUUAGGCCCAAGAAAAAUUGUCGGAAUUUCAACUUCUUAUAAUACUAAGGUGAAUAUUUUUGCGUGCAGUAAUUAAAUGGAUUUUGUUGACUCUUUGGCCUCCAAAAAGCAGCUGAAUUCUGAAGAAUAAUAAUUGAAUUUGUUGAUUAGUUGUUGGGGAAAGUUUCCAAUGAAAACAUGAGUUUCCUCCAAACAAAUCCCAGGAAAGUUUUCAGUAUUAGUAUUUAAAAAGCGAAUCAUAAGUUUUGGAAUCUUUAAAGUUCCAAUUUUGCAGUACCUUUUAAAUCUUUAAAGUUCUAUUAAAGACUUUUAAAUUUUUGGAGUUUCAAAGUUUUUAGUCUUUGAAAAACAUUCUCUAGUCUUUAAUAAUUAUUCUUGAUAGUUUCAUAGUCUUUGUUCAAUUCCUGCAAAUAUUCUUGAAGUUUUCAGAACUUUUGUGUCUUAUUUUUGAAUCUUUAGUCCUAAAUAUUGAUCCUUAAAGACUUUGAAAGUUUUUAAUGUUAAGUGUAAAGUCUUUAUAAUCAGAAUACAUGAAAUAUUAGACUUCAGUGUAAGUUUAAAUUCUUAAACAUCUUGACAGGCUUUAAUACUUCUCUAAUUCAAUUUCUGAUCUAUGAAGAUCAGAAAUGUCUUUUGUAAACUGCUCUGACUCAAUGUUGAAUCUUGAAUGAUCACAAAUCAGAUUUUCCUAAGUAGUGAUAGUUUGGCUGUUCUACGCCCUUCGUCCUCCGGAGGAGAUUUAUCAGGCGAAAAGCAGACCCGACCCGAUACAGCUUUAAGACUGACCCAUAGAAAUUCAACUUUGGACAGGGCCGAUACAACUUUAGACAGGUCUGUAUGUGCAGGUCUGUAUACAGACCUGUGUCUGUCUGUAUUAAGUUUUAGACAGGUUUGUGUAUACAGACCUGUCUCUAAAUCUGUGUAUACAGACCUGUCUCUAGAUCUGCACCUAUAUCUGACCUGCCUAAAGCUGUAUCAUAACUGUCCAAAACUGUAUCAGAACUAAUAUCUGUAUACAGACCUGUCUAAAGCUGUCUACAAAUCUGUCCUAAGCUGAAAUCCUAUGAGUCAGUCUAAAAGCUGUAUCAGGUCGGGUCUGUUUUUCUACUGAUAAAUCUCCUCCGGAGGACGGAGGGCGUAGAACUGUCAAAUUAUCACUACUUUCCUACUUAUCUAGUUUGAUGUUGAGUAGGGAAUAGGAUUUUCAUGCAUCUCUAGGAGAAAUUUUUGAUCUAGGAAAGUUGGUUAACAUGUUUUCAACCUUCUACAGUAGAGCUUCAGCUCUAAGUGUCAAAUUAUCAGUAGACGGUUAUUUAGUUUAGCUGUUGGUUAACGAAUAAUUAUCCUUGGUUAACUGAUAGCUAAACUAGAUAAACGUCCACUGAUAAACCGGUUCUAAGAUAGUCAAAAAUUAAUUUUUUAAUUCUAGAAUAGGGAACUUGCAUGAAAAAUUAAAUUGAUUAUUGUUUUUUUGCAAAACUGUAGGAAAUCGAAAAAAAAUCGAUACGUAUUUUUUUAUUUUGUCCAAAUAUGAUUAUUUCGAAAGUUAUACAAAUAUUAGGUUUUGUAUUUACAGGGUGUUACACGAACAUCGAAACACCGUUUCGUUUGCACUCCUUCGCACUGGACUUGAACUUUCUGAAAGAGCUGGCCAACUGAGUGGAGUUUGGAAGUAAAGGUACGGUGAAAAAAUAUCCCGAGGCGUUUUGGGGUAUUUUAAGUCCGUGUGCAGUUCACAUCCGGUAGAAGUGAAACCUUCAUUGAUUUACAUACAUUACACACAUACUAACAUACAUACGUACAACGCUUGGUAUACAAGAGUGGGGAGGCUACGAAGCACCGCACAAAGAGGAGACGAAAAAUAGGAAUCGCUGUACUGUAUUGUAUCUCAUUCUCUGGCAGGGUAAAUCCCAUAGAUUUAUAUGUUUGUCUUUUUUUAGUGUCGCUUUUUCGUUUCAUCAAGUCUCAAAUCACUCCCAACGAUUCUAAAGAAGUUUUCACUUCAAAAAUAAAGAAUAUGUGUGCAGUUCACAUCCGGUAAAAGUGAAACCUUCAUUGAACUACAUACAUUACACACAUACUAACAUACAUACGUACAACGCUUGGUAUACAAGAGUGGGGAGGCUACGAAGCACCGCACAAAGAGGAGACGAAGAAUAGGAAGCGCUGUACAACUGUAUUCUAUCUUAUUCUCUCGCAGGGUAAAUCCCAUGGAUUUAUAUGUUUGUCUUUUUUUAGUGUCGCUUUUUCGUUUCAUCAAGUCUCAAAUCACUCCCAACGAUUCUAAAGAAGUUUUCACUUCAAAAAUAAAGAAUAUGUGUGCAGUUCACAUCCGAUAAAAGUGAAACCUUCAUUGAACUACAUACAUUACACACAUACUAACAUACAUACGUACAACGCUUGGUAUACAAGAGUGGGGAGGCUACGAAGCACCGCACAAAGAGGAGACGAAGAAUAGGAAUCGCUGUACUGUAUUGUAUCUCAUUCUCUCGCAGGGUAAAUCCCAUAGAUUUAUAUGUUUGUCUCUUUUUAGUGUCGCUUUUUCGUUUCAUCAAGUCUCAAAUCACUCCCAACGAUUCUAAAGAAGUUUUCACUUCAAAAACGCUCCGACACGUCAAUUUUCUAUUUAAAGGGAAAACUUUUUGAUCCCAUCGGUAUUUCGCUAGGGUGCAACCCCUGGGUGGGGUGACUUUCACCACUCUUUUUUAGAUAGGGAAGAUGGGUCGAGUGGUACCUUGUUUUAAAGGUAUUUCAAUUCUCGACACAGCUGUGUACUUUUUUUGAAAAUCGAAUGAUUACUUCUCAAGAUAUCCACUGUCAAAGUUGUCAUGGGCAAAAUAGGAAACAAUCUUCUGGCCCUGUUAUUCUCAAAUUAACACUUUCCUGAAGUUUCCUCUCGGAUACGUCAAUUUAAUUUUUUUGUGUGCUUCCGAAAAAAUUGGAAUUGGCGAGUCCGAAAGGAAAGACAGGAAAGUGUUAAUUUGAGAAUAACAGGGCCAGAAGAUUGUUUCUUAUCUUAUGUGGCCUAUGGCAACUUUGACCGUAAAUAUCUUGAGAACUAAUCAUCCAGUUUUUAAAAAAAGUACACAGUUGUGACGAGAAUUAAAAUACCUUUGAAACAAGGUACCAUUCGACCCAUCUUCCCUAUCUAAAAAAGAGGGGCGAAAGUCACCCCACCCAGGGAGUGCACCCUAGCGAAAUACCGAUGGAGUCAAAAAGUUUCCUCCUUGACGUGUCCGAGCAUGUUCGUGAAACACCCUGUAUAGAUAUACUGAGCAUGUGCUACGUCAUAAAGUUAUAUGAUUAGUGACGUCAUAGGCUCAUUUCAUAGUGUUGUCUCUCUGUCAAUUUUUGACUAAGAAGAAAAAGAUAAAACAUGUGUUGACUUAUUUUUUAACGGUAUCAGCGAUAAAAAAAAUUGAUGCAAGUACCUUAUUAUCACAAAUUAAGUUCUAUACAUCUUAAGUUCAAUUUCGGUUUUGGUAGAGCCGAUUAUGAGACCUCCAAGGUUGAAUUUUAGCUCCAAAAAAAAUUCAAUAAUAACCUCACAGUGGUAAUGUUCCCGGCUUUUGAUUGGCUUAAAUUUUAGGAAAUUUCCAGCUUUUGAUUUGCUUUAAAAUUCAAUUUUCAAAUACUCCCGGUUCUUGAUUGGCUCAAUUUGACGUUUCAAUAUUCAAUGUUCGAAUAUUCCCGGUUCUUGAUUGGUUUUAGGAUGCCCGACUUUUGAUUGACUUAGAAAUUGAAUUUUUAAACAUUCCUGGCUCUUGAUUGGCUUGGAAAUUCAAUUUUUGAAAAUCCAAAUUAAGCCAAUCGAGAGCCGGGAAUAUUUGAAAAUUGAUUUUUGAAGCAAAUCCAGAGCUGGGAAUUUCCAAAAAUUUACCUUCAGGCCAAUCAAAAGCCGGGAAAAUUAAAAAUAAUUGAUUUUAAUUGAAUUUUAAAACGUCAAAUUAAGCCAAUCAAGAGCCGGGAAUAUUUGAAAAUUGAAUUUUAAAGCAAAUCAAAAGUCGGGGACUUCCAAGCCAUCUUGUUAGUUCCAGUUCAAUUUAAGUUCAGCUAAGUAAUAGGAUUUUUGAAGUUGAAUUUAAGCUUUAGAGGAGACAAAAUUGACCUUUGAAGUUCAACUUUGAAUGUAGAAUAGUGAAAAAUUAGAAUUCUCAACAACUCUAAUUCAAUUUUAUUGAUGGAGCCCAAAAUAGGAUUUUAAAACUUCUCUAGGCUCUAGGAGUGUCAGUUACUGAAGUUGAAAAUAAGCUCUAAAAUAAUCAAACAUGAACUGUUUAAGCCGCUAGGGCUCAACUUUAACUCUAGAAUUAUCACAAAUUACAUUAUUUCUAGUUGAAUCUCGGCUCUAGGAGUUCCAGGAAUAGAAUUUUUACGCGUCUAGAUCAGCAUUAGCUCUGCAUAAGACUUUUUAAAAUAUCCUCAACAGAAAUUCUUUCCAAAAGUUUUCAGAAAAAUUCCUGGGAAUUUUUCAAAGAUUAAUCUUCUCUCCCAUUCUUCUAGCUUUGAUGCAGUAAAUAAACACAAAAUCAAUUAUUUUUGUCAACUUAUUAGCUGCUCCUUAGGGGCACUCUCUAAACUUAAAACCGAUUCUAUUUCAGUCUUGUUUUACAUGAAAAAAAUUAAAGACACAUGAAACACUUUCUUGAAAGGUCAAAAAUACAAUCCUCUUAAAAACUAACUUACUCGCUACGAUUUUUAAGUAAAAAUAUUAGGUAAAUUUGUACGAAAGGUGAACCAUAUUAUGACGGUGAACAAACAAAAAAAAAAAACUGAAGCCUUAUGUUUAUAUGUCAAAUACGCUAGGAACUUACCAUGAAAAAAACCAUUCAUACAAAAAUGUAUCAAUACAUUAUCAUCUGUCUUUUAUGCAACACUGUCAAAUUUUGGCACAUUAAUUUACAAAAAAAAAGAUUUCAUCGGACUUUGUAUUGAACAAUGGAAGAUUCAAAGAGAAAUAAAUUCGUUUUUGUUUUACUAUUAUUAUCAGUUAGGUAUUGUAAAAAAAUAAUUUAUUGGAAUGAAUUAUUGUUUGUGGUCAGAGGGGGGGAUUUAUCUUUUUUUGAGGCAGUGAAAUCCUGUAUCUAUAAUAGUUUCAUGCAUACUCGUCAAAAUUUAACUAAGAAAAAAAUCGUCCCUUAUGUAAUACUCCUAUAAAAGAUCACCGGAAAGGGAUUUUUUUUAAAAAUAAUUAGUAAUAGUCUCAGUCUCACGCGUUCAUUUAAAUCAAUCC